UUGAAGGCACCGGGGACAUAAAACUUGAGCGUCUGGCCUGAGGCGCUCGGUGCUGAGUUUGUGCUGCAGGUCCGGGUCCUGCUGCUGGAUUCCUCCCUCAUCGAUUAUCAUCUGGAAGAGUUAAGCUCGAAUGAUCCGUCUUCUGUAACCUGGACCCAAACAAAGCCACUAAACAUCCUGAGAGAAGCCUUCUCACCCUUCUCUCUCCUCUGCUGCAUGUCUAAUAUUUAGACAUGUUGAGCUUUAUGGAUUCCAGGACUUUACUGCUUCUUGUAGCAUCCCACGUUUUCUUAUUAGCAGUGGUGAGAUGUCAGCGGGAAGAUAACCAAGAGGAGGAUUUUAUCUGUAGUCAAGAUGGACAGAGUUAUAACGACAAGGACAUAUGGAAACCAGAGCCUUGUCGCAUCUGUGUGUGUGACAAGGGAAUGGUCCUAUGUGAUGAUAUUGUCUGCGAGGAGCUAAAAGACUGCCCCAAACCUGAAAUCCCAUUCGGAGAGUGUUGCCCCAUCUGCGCUGCUGACCAGCCUUCAUCUUUUGGAGCUAAGGGUCAAAAAGGUGAACCUGGAGACAUUACUGAUGUUGUAGGACCGAGAGGACCGGCUGGCCCAAUGUUUGUUUUAUUAUCCUACUUGAUGAUGACCGGCUUUAUUUUUCCUCUCCAGAACUUUGCUGCUCAGAUGGCGGGUGGUUUCGAUGAGAAGGCCGGCGGUGGAGCACAGAUGGGUGUGAUGCAAGGACCAAUGGGCCCCAUGGGACCCAGAGGACCACCUGGCCCCACAGGAGCACCUGGCCCACAGGGUUUCCAAGGCAGCCCAGGAGAGGCUGGAGAGCCCGGCCAAGCUGGCCCCAUGGGUCCCCGUGGCCCCUCUGGACCUCCUGGGAAACCUGGAGAUGAUGGGGAACCAGGGAAACCAGGGAAACCAGGAGACCGUGGACCCACUGGACCUCAAGGAGCUCGCGGUUUCCCAGGAACUCCUGGUCUGCCCGGCAUCAAGGGACACAGAGGUUAUCCUGGUCUUGAUGGUGCAAAGGGAGAGACUGGUGCUGUUGGUGCAAAGGGUGAGGCCGGUGCCCCCGGUGAGAGUGGCUCACCUGGACCCAUGGGACCACGUGGCUUGCCUGGGGAGAGAGGACGUCCCGGAUCCACCGGAGCUGCUGGUGCACGAGGAAAUGAUGGCUUGCCUGGUCCUGCUGGUCCUCCAGGCCCUGUUGGUCCAUCUGGGGCUCCGGGCUUCCCUGGAUCUCCUGGUGCAAAGGGUGAAGCUGGUCCUACUGGUGCACGUGGUCCCGAGGGAGCUCAAGGACCCCGUGGAGAGUCGGGCACUCCUGGAUCACCUGGACCCUCUGGUGCCUCUGGUAACCCUGGCACUGAUGGUAUUCCUGGAUCUAAAGGAUCAGCAGGUGCUCCAGGUAUUGCAGGCGCUCCUGGUUUCCCCGGACCUCGUGGGCCUCCUGGACCUCAGGGAGCAACUGGACCUCUUGGGCCAAAAGGAACAUCUGGAGAUCCAGGUAUACCAGGAUUCAAGGGGGAGGCUGGACCAAAAGGAGAAAUUGGACCAGUAGGCCCUCAGGGAGCCCCUGGCCCACAGGGAGAAGAAGGCAAGAGAGGACCCAGAGGUGAGCCUGGUGCUGCUGGACCUCUAGGACCUCCAGGAGAAAGAGGUGCCCCUGGUAAUCGUGGUUUCCCCGGUCAGGAUGGUCUGGCUGGUCCCAAGGGAGCCCCAGGUGAGCGUGGACCACCAGGGACCAGCGGUGCUAAGGGAGCCACUGGUGACCCCGGCCGUCCUGGUGAGCCAGGGCUUCCUGGUGCAAGGGGUUUGACUGGUCGUCCUGGUGAUGCUGGACCCCAGGGUAAAGUCGGACCUUCUGGAGCUCCUGGUGAGGAUGGACGUCCAGGACCCCCUGGCCCUCAGGGAGCCAGAGGACAGCCUGGUGUUAUGGGAUUUCCUGGACCAAAGGGAGCAACUGGUGAACCUGGAAAAUCUGGUGAGAAAGGACUGGCCGGAGCUCCUGGUCUUAGAGGUCUGCCUGGAAAGGAUGGAGAAACGGGUGCAGCUGGACCCCCUGGCCCUGCUGGCCCUGCUGGGGAGAGAGGAGAGCAAGGACAGCCCGGUCCCUCCGGUUUCCAGGGUCUCCCCGGACCCCCUGGCCCUCCUGGUGAAGGAGGCAAACCUGGAGACCAGGGCGUUCCAGGAGAGGCUGGAGCUGCUGGUGCUACUGGACCCAGAGGAGAGCGUGGUUUUCCUGGAGAGAGAGGAGCUGCUGGUGCCCAGGGUUUGCAGGGUCCCAGAGGCCUACCUGGAACUCCUGGAACUGAUGGACCCAAGGGAGCCAUUGGACCUGCUGGUGGUCCAGGAGCUCAGGGACCACCCGGCCUCCAGGGAAUGCCAGGAGAGAGAGGUGCUGCAGGCAUUCCUGGACCCAAAGGAGACAGAGGUGAUGUUGGAGAGAAAGGGCCUGAAGGUGCUUCCGGCAAAGAUGGUGCUAGAGGUCUUACUGGUCCAAUUGGUCCUCCUGGUCCAGCUGGUCCAAAUGGUGAGAAGGGUGAAUCUGGACCUGCUGGACCAUCCGGGCCUGCUGGUGUUCGUGGUGCACCUGGUGACAGGGGAGAGACUGGACCUCCUGGGCCUGCUGGGUUUGCUGGAGCUCCUGGGGCUGAUGGUCAGCCUGGAAUUAAGGGAGAGCAAGGAGAAGCUGGACAGAAAGGAGAUGCUGGUGCACCUGGACCACAAGGACCAUCCGGUGCCCCUGGACCCGCAGGUCCUACUGGAGUUUCUGGACCAAAAGGUGCUCGUGGUGCUCAGGGUCCCCCUGGUGCCACUGGUUUCCCUGGAGCUGCUGGGCGAGUUGGACCUCCUGGCCCCAAUGGCAACCCUGGACCCCCAGGUCCUGCUGGCUCUCCUGGUAAAGAUGGACCAAAAGGUGUGAGAGGAGAUGGUGGACCUCCAGGCAGACAGGGUGAUCCUGGACUACGGGGACCUGCAGGAGCUCCAGGAGAGAAGGGAGACGCUGGAGAGGAUGGACCCCCUGGUCCACUGGGUCCCUCAGGUCCGCAGGGAUUGGCUGGUCAGCGUGGUAUUGUUGGUCUGCCUGGGCAGAGAGGAGAAAGAGGUUUCCCUGGUCUCCCCGGACCUUCUGGGGAGCCUGGAAAGCAGGGAGCUUCUGGUGGUCCUGGAGACCGUGGACCCCCUGGACCCGUCGGACCACCUGGGCUUACUGGACCUGCUGGAGAGCCUGGCAGAGAGGGCAACCCUGGAUCUGAUGGACCUCCUGGUAGAGAUGGUUCUCCUGGAAUUAAGGGUGACCGUGGCAACACUGGUCCUGCUGGCGCACCUGGUGCACCAGGUGCUCCUGGUGCUCCUGGGCCAGUCGGUCCUACUGGGAAACAGGGAAACAGAGGGGAGUCUGGUGCUCAAGGACCAUCUGGACCUCCAGGACCAGCUGGUGCCAGAGGAAUGCCUGGACCGCAAGGACCACGUGGCGAUAAGGGUGAAGGUGGAGAGGCCGGUGAGCGAGGACAGAAGGGACACAGAGGUUUCACUGGUCUGCAGGGUCUUCCUGGACCACCUGGUCAGCCUGGAGACCAGGGUGCCACUGGACCUGCUGGGCCAUCUGGGCAAAGAGGACCACCUGGACCUGUUGGUCCUGCUGGAAAAGAUGGUUCAAAUGGCUUACCAGGACCCAUCGGACCCCCUGGACCUCGUGGUCGCACUGGAGACUCGGGUCCUGCUGGUCCCCCUGGAAACCCCGGACCCCCUGGUCCUCCUGGUCCCCCUGGUCCUGGCAUUGACAUGUCUGCCUUUGCUGGUCUGGGUCAAACAGAAAAGUCCCCAGAUCCUCUCAGGUACAUGAGGGCUGACCAGGCCGCGGGCAAUCUCCGUCAACACGAUGCAGAGGUCGACGCCACUCUCAAGUCUCUCAACAACCAGAUUGAGAACAUUCGCAGCCCAGAGGGGUCCAAGAAGAACCCUGCUCGCACCUGCAGAGAUCUAAAGCUGUGCCACCCUGACUGGAAGAGCGGUGAGUAUUGGAUUGAUCCCAAUCAGGGCUGCACCGUUGAUGCAAUCAAGGUCUUCUGCAAUAUGGAGACUGGGGAGUCCUGUGUGAAUCCUAGGCCUGCUAAGAUCCCACGCAAGAACUGGUGGUCCAGCAAGAGCAAAGACAGCAAACAUGUCUGGUUCGGAGAGACAAUGAAUGGAGGGUUCCAUUUCAGUUAUGGUGAUGACAGCCUGGCCCCUAACACCGCCGCUAUUCAGAUGACUUUCCUGAGGUUGCUUUCCACUGAGGCUUCCCAAAACAUCACUUACCACUGCAAGAACAGCGUGGCAUACCUGGAUGCCUCAAAUAGCAACCUGAAGAAGGCCGUGCUGCUCCAAGGCUCCAACGAUGUGGAAAUCAGAGCCGAGGGCAACAGCCGCUUCACCUACAGCGUCAUGGAGGACAGUUGCACGAGACACACAGGACAGUGGGGUAAGACAGUGAUUGAAUACAGGUCGCAGAAGACCUCUCGUCUGCCUAUCGUAGACAUUGCUCCCAUGGAUAUCGGUGGAGCAGACCAGGAGUUUGGAGUUGAUAUCGGGGCAGUUUGCUUCUUGUAAAGAAUGAGCAGCUGACAAGAAGAGGAAAAAAGUGGCUAUUUGAAAAGGUGAAAAGGAAAGAGGAGUAGACUUCAGUAAAAAAGGAGAGAAAGAGAGAAAAAAAUCAAGACACUUUUUUUUUCCACAUGGGACCUAUUUUUAAAUAAAAAGUGCUUUUCCAAGUCGAACUCAGUAGGAUAUCUGCACUGAAUGGCACCAACUAACUGUCAUUUGUGAUCCAGCCGCAGCUUUGCCUUCAGUCCUUUCUCUCCCCCUUCAUGGACACCCUCCACUCCCUAAAUCUCCCAGUUUUUCUCUAGCUGUGACAGCAGUCCCCUGCUCACCUACCCAAUAUCUAGAAGGAGGAAGUAUGAUGAGAAAACAGGAACAUACCAGGGAAAAAGAGAGAUGACAAUGUGUUGGUGUUAUUUAUUUAUUGUUUAGGUUAAGGUCCCAGGUGUGGUAGGACUGAGAUUGCUGCCAAUUGAUGAAAAGAAAAAUAUUUUAUUGAAAAAGACGCCGCAUCUGCCAACUUUCUCCUGUUUUCUGAUCAUCCCAUCAUUCGUAUGUCCCAGACCAAUAAUGAUCUUUUUAGUUCUUGGAACCAAACAUAUUUCAAAAUACUGUAGAAAGUGCAAUUGUUCCUGUUCCUCCAACCAUAGUGUGUAUCAAAAUUACUGUGUACUUUAAUAAAGUCAAUGGUGCUAUUGUUAAACGGUUUGUGUUUUUAAACAAUGCAAUACGCAUGCAGCGAGUCAGAUACCAUUUCAUCCUAGGAUUUAGGUUUUCACUGUGAUUUUUGACCUUUACAUGAACAUAAAUAAGUGAUACGGCUUUGCAAUCAGUGUAGGAAUACACCAAUUUGUGUUUUCUAAAAAUUUGAUUCGGCAAUUUAAGACUACCUCACAUAAAAAAAAAAGAAA